CACCAGCCAGCCUCAUUUCGCAGUUCGCAUCGGAAAACACAUCGGACGCGCAGGGAAUCGCCGGAGAGAAGCGACCAACCGAUCAAAUGGCGAUGGCACCAGCCUCCGUCUCCUUCCCCGCCCGCCCUGCUGUGAGCGUCCGGCCGCGUGCCUCCGCGGCUGCCGGGGUGGUCCGCGCAGGCGCGGACGGAGGGAAGUGGUGGGCGCCGCUGCUGGGGUGGUCGGCGCGGGCUGACUACCUCGAGGCCCCGGCGCCGGUGGUGGCCCCGGCGGCCGAGGAGGCUGGAAAGGCGGGCCAGAGGGCGUUCGUGGGUGGCCUGACGGAGGAGAAGGCGCGCGAGCUGCGGGCGCGGAUGGUGGAGACGGAGUCCUUCCACGACGCCAUGUACCACUCCGCCAUCGCAUCCCGCCUCGCCCGCUCCGCGUAGGCCUCCUCGGUCCACCGCGGCCGCCGUGGAGAGGAGACGACAAAACUAACUCGCCGACAUCGCCAUGGUUCUAGCGCUCCGUCCUCUUGUGUGUACAUAACUGUGUAGCCCCCCUUUUUUUUUCUUCCUUUCCUUCGAAUUUGGGAUUCGUAGGCGAGAGAACAGGGGAGGGAUCUGGUUUUAGCGUAGCGCCCUCCCUCCAUCGCCUCCGCCGCGACCGCUCCCCGAUCUGCUCCGAUUUGGAGUGCUUGUUCUUCGUCAUUUCCGAUCUGCUUUUAAAAAGGCAGAUCUGCGAAUGUUGUUGUACUCCUUUGGAUUGGAUCCACAAGAUUUGCUGUUCAUAUUUCUCCCCA